UGGAGAUGGUGGUGGUGGUGGUGAUGGUGGUGUCAAUGUUUACAAACAAUGGAGCACGUGGCAAAGGAAGACGCAGGCGGUGAAGGGCAGGCUGUGUUAUGCUCCACCUACGAUGACCUGCCCGGCCUGCAGCCCUGGGUGGUGGCGCAACUCAAGCAGCUCAAGAUCCUGCAGCCAACGCCCAUCCAGCAGCACUGCAUCCCGCCAGUGCUGCAGGGACGGGAUGUCAUCGGGGCAGCCAAGACAGGUUCCGGGAAAACUCUGGCUUUCGUCAUCCCAAUCCUGCAAAAAUUGUCCAUCGAUCCUUUUGGUAUUCACACCCUCGUCCUCACACCCACACGUGAGCUGGCCUUCCAGAUUGGCGACCAGUUCCGUGGCGUUGGAGGGCCGGUGUCGCUGCGUCUGAGUGUGGUGGUGGGUGGCCUGGACAUCGUGGGGCAGGGUCGGGAGCUGAGCCACGCCCCACAUGUGGUGGUGGCCACACCGGGUCGCCUCGCUGACCUCCUGCAGAACUCCCCAGACUUUACACUUAAGAGGAUCAAGUUUUUGGUGCUGGACGAGGCAGAUCGCUUGAUGGAUGGGAGGUUCGACAAACAGCUACAAACCAUCUGGGCUGCACUGCCAGAGAAGAGACAGACACUUCUCUUCUCAGCCACCAUCACUGACAGACUGCAACGGAUGAGAGAGCUGGCCACCUCACAGGUGUUUGUGUGGCAGGCCAGGGAGGGAGGGCAGGCCACAGUGAAGGAGUUGAAGGAGCAGUACGUCCUGGUGAACCCCGUGGUGAAAGAUGCCACUCUGGUUGCCACGGUUCUCAAACACACCGAGGAGAACCCAAGAGAACUCAUCCUCAUCUUCACUGAUACUUGCAAGAGAACUCAGGUGCUGAAGAUGCUGCUGGGGGCUCUGGGUAUUGAGAGUUUGGCGCUGCAUUCCAUGAUGGGGCAGAAGGACCGACUGGCUGCCCUCGCCCGCUUCAAGUCAUCACAGGUCAAGAUUCUUAUUGCCACAGACCUCGCCAGCCGUGGACUUGACGUACCCCUGGUUGGUCUCGUAAUCAACCAUGUGGUGCCAAACCUUCCCAAGACGUACAUCCACCGUGUUGGCCGCACUGCAAGGGCCGGCAGGAAGGGCACGGCGCUCACCAUCGUCACUCCACAUGAGAUCAAGGUCCUGCUGGCCAUCGAGGGGGAGACCAGGAGGAAGAUGACAGAGAUGAAGGCGGAUGAGGCCACCGUAGCGCGGAUCAUGAAGCAAGUCAAUGUAACAAGGCGGAUGCAGGAGAUCCGCCUCGACCAGACGGACUUCGACGAACGACGUAACAUAAACAAAAGAAAACGGAUGAUUCUGGAAGGAAGAGACCCAGAUGAAGAAGAGAAGAGGAAAAAGAAGAAGAUGAAGAAGACAAAACAAGAAGGGAAGAAAGAGAGGCUGACGGUGCUGCAGGAACUCAUGAAGGAGGGAGAAGAGAGAGAUGAGACAGAACAGAAGAUGGAGAUAAAGAAAGAUGUUAAAGGGAAGAAGAGCAGUGUGAUAAAGGGAAAUAAAUCAAAAGGAAUAAAGAUGAAGAAAAAGGGGAAAAAUGUGAAGAGUUUAGGUGUUAUUAGUUCGAAGGUGAAAAAAGUGAAAAAGAUAAAAAAAAUAGCAAAAUAAUAUUAAUUGACGAUGAAAGAGAAGAUAAAGAGAUAAGGAAGGGGAAGAAGAGCAGUGUGAUAAAGAAAAAUAAGACAAAAGGAAUAAAGAUGAGGAAAAAAUGGGGAAAACAUGACAAAUUUAUCUGAUAUCAGUUUGAAGGUGGAAAAAAAAUGAAAAAUGUAAAAAGUGUAGCAGUGAUAUUAAUUGAAGAUAGAUUAGAAGAUAAAGAAAAGGAAAGAAAUAUAGUUUGAUAAAGAGAAAUAGGACAAAAAGAAUGAAGAUGAGGAAAAAAGGAGAACACAUGGUACAGUGGAAGGAUGCGUGCUUUGGGAUCCGAGUGGUCUCCAAGCGCACAGGUUCGAAUCCUGUCCACGGUCCGAGUGUAGGUUGGGCUUCCUCACUCGGGGCAACGGUUUCCUAACAGGUGGGCUUUGAGAUAGGAGGGACUCACAAAAAGUAUCCCCUUUAUCCCAGAAAUUCCCAAGAAAAAGCCCAUUUGAUAUUAAAAAAAAAAAAUUAUCUGAUAUCCAUUUGGUGAAAAAAACGUAAAGAAAAAAAAAAUGUAUCAAAAUAAUAUUAAUUGAUGAUGAAAGAGAAGAUAAAGAGAUAAGGAAGGAAAGAAGAGCAGUUUGAUGAGGAAGAAUGGAAAAUGUGUCAUCAGUUUGAGGGUGAAAAAGUAAACAAUAGAAAAUGAUAUGAAAUUAAGGCAGAAGAGAAGAUAGAGGAGAUGAAGGAGGAUGUGAAGGGGAAGAAGAGCAGUGUGAUAAAGAGAAAUGUAACAAAAGAAAUGAAGAUAAGGAAAAAUGGGAAAAAUGUGAUGAGUUUAGCUGGUAUUGGUUUGAAGGUGAAAAAGUAAUAAAUAAAUAAAUAGAAAAUACAGCAAGGUAAUGUGUAUAAUUGUGUAUAAGUGAAUGUAUCUGGAAAUAAUGAGCUUGUAUGUUGUGUAUGUAUUCAUUGGUUCACUCAUACAUAUACAUACUUUAGCUAUA